AAGAAAAUGAAAAUCCACAUUUCUUCUUCUCUAACCAAUCAAGAGCAAAACACCGUUACUCUCUAGAACCUCCUUCCCUCCAUGUAGAAAAUUUCCCAAUCUCUCUUUCAAUCCCUCAAAUGGGUGCCCUCAAAAACCAUCAAAACCCCACCUUUCUCUUCUUCCUCUCACUUCCAAUUCUCCUCCUCCUCCUUCAAAUUCCGACACAAACCUCCUCUUCAGACACCACAACCUUAAUCUACAAAGGCUGCGCCGAUCAAAAGCUUCAAGACCCAUCCGGCGCCGCCUCUCAGAACCUGAAAACUCUCCUGAACGCACUCGUCACACAGUCCUCGCAGAAGAACUUCGCCGCCACGACCUCCGGCGACGGCGGAAACUCUGCCGUCGCCGGAGCCUACCAAUGCAGAGGCGACCUAACAAACUCCGACUGCUACGACUGCGUGAGCAAGAUCCCAAACAUGCUCGGAAAACUCUGCGGCGGUGACGUGGCGGCGGCGAGGAUCCAGCUGAGCGGGUGUUACCUGAGGUACGAGGUUGUCGGGUUCAAGGAGGUGCCGAAGACGCAGCUUCUUUACAAGGUUUGCGGUUCAAAGAAAAUGAAGAACGGUGGUGAUGUGGUUGGGUUUGAAGGGAAGAGAGACUCGGCGUUUCAGAUGGUGGAGAAUGGUGUGAAGGGUAAUAAUGGUAAUUUGUUCUACACUGGGAGUUACGAGUCUCUUUAUGUGUUGGGUCAGUGCGAGGGUAAUAUGGGAAAUGACGAUUGUGGUGAUUGUAUUGCGAGUGCUGAGGAACAGGUUAAGGUUCAGUGUGGUGACUCUAUUUCUGCUCAGGUUUAUUUGCAGGGUUGUUAUCUUAGUUAUAGUUUUUACCCUAAUGGAGUUCCUGGCACCAUUUCUUCUUCUUCUUCUUCGCCAGGGAGCGGGAGGCACCAACACACAGAAAGAACAGUGGCUCUUGCAGUGGGAGGGUUGGCAGCAUUGGGAUUCUUAAUUGUUUGCUUAUUAUUCCUCAAAUCUGCCUUAAAGAAAAAGAGUGGAAAGCGUGGGGGCUACUGAUUUGGGUAUAUAUAUACCUUAUAUUAGAUCUAGUUAUUUUAAUCUUUGACAUCUUAGGUGAAUAUACCUUGUAUCUGUGUAUAGUUCUCUGAUCAAAGGAAUUGGUAUUCUCACUUAUUCUUACAGUGAUUUGUUUUAUUGUUCAUAAUUUAAUCGAGAUUGGUUAAUGUGAAUCUGCAUGCAUUAGUGUGAA